GCUGAGCAGACUUGGUCUGGCGGUAACUGGGGAUCCCCAAAGAAAGGAAACCAGGGCCCUGGCUGCUGGGGUGAAGGCACAGGCCAUGAAAAGGAAUGACAUCAUUGACUUCAAGGCUCUGGAGAAAGAGCUGCAGGCUGCACUAACUGCUGAUGAGAAGUACAAACGGGAAAAUGCUGCCAAGUUACGGGCCGUGGAACAGAGGGUGGCUUCCUAUGAGGAGUUCAGGGGUAUUGUCCUUGCAUCACAUCUGAAGCCACUGGAGCAGAAGGACAAGAUAGGAGGAAAGAGGACUGUGCCCUGGAACUGUCACACUAUUCAGGGAAGGCCCUCCCAGGAUGAAACCACUGAAAUCUCCCCGGAGAAAACGCUCCUCCAGCCCGAGACCUCGGCUGAGUUCUACCGUGAUUGGCGGCGAUACUUGCGGAGUGGGCCAGAGCGCUACGAGGCCCUGCUGCAGCUCGGGGGCCCAAAGCUGGGCCGCCUCUUCCAGAUGGAUGUGGGGUUUGGACUUCUAGGGGAGAUGCUGAUGGCACUGGCUGAUCACGUGAGGCCAGCUGACUGGUGGGUGGUGCUGGGGAUCCUGCGCAGCCUGGCCAGCACUGGCCGCUUCACCCUGAACCUGAGCCUGAUGAGCCAUGCGGAGAGAGAGAGCUGCAGAUCCUUGUUUCAGAAGCUGCAGGCCAUGGGCACCCCCAGCCUGGAGGGGCGGGGUCUGGGGGAGCAGCCUAGUGGGCUUCAGGAGAAGGAGAGUCUGCAAGAGCUGCUAAGGCUGUACCAUGUGGACUGAUGGGACCAGUUACCUUCAGAGGCCCCCAGUGGUCACUGGAGGCAUUUUUUCGUUGUCUCGAGGGCUCUGCAAGACUGUAGUGAGAAGCCCACACCUAAGUCCCUUCUGGUCUUGGAAUUUUCACAACAAAAGCAGUAACUGAAUUUUCCCUUUUCCUCCAGCCUUUUGGGGGCUCCAUAUUCUGAACUGUGUAGAUCCACCGGAUGGUCAAGGGCCCAAGAAGUUGAAAGACUUGUGCUUCCCACCUUUAGAGUCUGCCUGUCUGCUAGCCCAUGGCCCUGAGAGAUGGGUGAGCACCCAACCAAAUACUGGUACCACCAGUUAUAGCCUCCACUCAAAAAAAAGAAAAAGCAAAAUUGUUAAUCUUCCAUGAUAAAUUAAUAUUGA